AUGAUCGUGGACAACACCUGCAUGCAGCUGGUUUCCAAGCCGGACCAGUUUGAUGUGAUGGUGGCGCCAAACCUGUAUGGCAACCUGGUGGCCAACGUGGUGGCGGGCCUCUGCGGCGGCAAUGGCAUCGUGCCUGGCGGCAACAUCGGGAGGGACUACGCCGUGUUCGAGCAGGGUGCGCGCGCGGUGUCGUCUGAGCUGGCGGGCCAGUCCGUGGCCAACCCCACGGCCAUGACGCUCUCGACCUCCAUGAUGCUGCGCCACCUCGGACUCCACAGCUUCAGCGACAGGCUGGAGGCGGCGGUGCUGGACGUGUACUCCUCCGGCGACUUGAGCGCCCUGACGCCUGACGUGGGCGGCACGGGCAACACCCAAUCCGUCGCCGCCGCUAUCAUCAACAGGCUGGAGUGA